UUUUUCUUUGCAGCCACAGCUGAUGUUUAUAGAAAUGAGGGUAAUGAAGCCUUCAAGAAAGGAGAUUUCAUCAAUGCUAUUCAUUUUUACACCAAAGGAAUUAAAAUGAAUUGCAACGAGAAAGAACUGAAGGCCAAACUGCACAACAACAGGGCUAUUGCACAUUCUAAACUUGGUAAGAUGACGAGAGCUUUAAUAGGCAUUUUUUUUUCUAUUUUGAAGCUAUUGAGUUGUCAGUAGUAGUUUUCUGAAAAAGGUGAUAAUUUUGAAUGCAUGCCCGGAAAAAUUUAGAUCUUAUCUUGGCCUCUCAAAUAUACAAAGAAGUAACCUCUUACCCCAGAUAUCAACAAGCAUCACAAGUUUUUCUCAAAAUUAUAGUAAUGGUAGUUGGUUUGUAACAUGUAUGGCUAAUCAGAGAUAUUUAUUUCAAUAACAGGAAAUCACCAGGAUUCACUAAGGGAUGCAGAAGCAGCCAUUGAGUUAAAUCCAACUUUCCUUAAGGCAAUUGUGAGAGGUUAGAUAUGUUAGCCGUACUAUAAUAAUAAUAAUAAUGAUAAUAAUAAUAAUAAUAAUAUUAAUAAUAAUAAUAAUAAUAAUAAUAAUAAAAGAACUCAACACUCUAAGGUUAAAUGAGGUUAAAUAGAGUUCAAUCUUGUCUAAAUGGACUUUAAUUAAGAGGUCGAGACCACCCUGAUGUACAUUUGAAUCCAGCUCUUGACUGCUACGCCAUUACUUCCAUUAAUCAUGAUGAGAAUAUUAUUUUGAACGGGAUGAAGAACUCAAUGCGGAAUGCAAAGCAAAAUUUCAGCAUGAAUAUUUUAGUUCCUUAAGUUCAAUGAGUCACUGGUGUCAGAUAUGUUAAGAGCGUGUCCACGAGAGCACCGGGCAGUCGUGCUACAUGCCAUCUCACCGAUUUCAAUGAAACUUUGGCAGUUUAAAGGGUCUACCCCAAAACACAAAACGACAAACUGGUUUCUGUUUUGGUUUUUUUUUCCGGUGGGAGAUAGACCACCCCCCCCAAUUUUUCUUGGUUUUCACCAAGGAAAUCGCUUCAAAUAGGUAAAAUGUAUGAAGCUCUCACUGCGAUGGUAUUUGACUGAUUACUUUGAGGAUUUUCACACAUAUUUUUACAUCCUUAGUUAAUGUCUGCUGCGAGUAUCAGUCAGUUUGAUCGACGGCUUGUCAAUCAACAGAGGCAAAUAUACGACUGUGUUUUUAGACUUUUCGUUUCCUCUAAAUAUUUUACAACUUUGAGGUCAAAUAUCACCCGUUGCCAGAAAGCUACAACACUAAUCUUAAUUACCCUUUAUAACCCAUCAUUUCAUCUCUGAAAAUCAUAAAAAAAAACCUUUGGGCACUACCGUAUUUUUGUCUUGGAUGCCUUUUAAAAUCUGCGACUGUGACAAGUUUCUCUCAACUACACCUGUCACGCAAUUCUUGCUCUAGGCGGUCACUUUUUAGCUCUUUAUACAAGAUGAUUGAUCAAGAAAGGUGAAAAUUGUGAAAAACUUUCGAGAAAAACUUUCGAGAAAAAUGUAGACGAAAAAUCAAAAGGAAAAUCGUAGCGUUUCUUUCUUCGGUCGUUUAUUACUUUGAAGAUUUGCUAAAAUCAGCAGAUAUGGCUUUUGUACGGCACAAAACAUUCAUUAUUUUCUAUUUUCAUUAGUCUCUCAUUUUAGGAGAUUUUAAAGUCACAUGCUGUGUGUUGGCUGAUAUUACUACAUGUUCCAGUGUGCUACAACUUCGGCUUUCACAGACGAGAAAUUCUGCGCUCUCGCUCGAGAGCAAAUAUCAAUAGUUCUAUCGGACUAAAAACUGUGCUUCUAUCCCGAAAAUAAAAUUAAAAUAGUGUUGUCGUUGUCACUUACCGCCAUCGAACAUUUCCAUGCAGAACUCCGCUAAGCUAACGUCUGUUGUGUGACCCAAAGACUCUCCGUAGGAAUUAUUCAAGCGCGUUGUUCAUGCUAUCUGCUAGAUAACAAUUUCAGAAUAAUCUGCAGAUCUCUAUGAUUAUUUGCCUGCUUCGAUCGUAAAAUAUCUGCAUAUUUUUUCAAGUAUUCUAUUACCACAUAUAAAUCUACAUCUCUCUAGAUCGAGUGUUGCCGGCGUUUAAUUGACUUGUAAAAUUUUUAAAUAAGAAUGAGCCAGCAAUAAUUUGACGAGUAGCCUUCCUGCAAAUUUCCCUUAAUGAAAUCCCAAGACAUAGCCAGUUUUUUUCGUGAGCAAAGACAAUAAAUAUGAGAGAAAAGUGAGAUGCGAAUGUUUUUUUUUUUUUUUUUUUUAGCUUAAUAGCAGCUGUACCCUCUCCUGCUGUCGUCGUCUAAAUUUUGCAAGGUCCCUCCUUAUCUUCUGCCUUCUUCGGUCAGUUUCGAAAUCUGAAGCUAGAUCAUUGGCAUCGGCCUCUCCGUCCUCAUUCAUAUUUAUAGAGGGGGGCCUCAUCAAUAAACCAAUUUUUGUUACGGCAGAUAACCGGCUGAAGUAUCGAGCGAUUUGCUGCUGUAUCAACCGGUCAGUCUUAGACAACAUUUCUGGCUGGUGUCGUCUCUUAAACUCUCUCGAUAUUUGGGAAAUCACAUUAGAGGCGGUUGCCUCACUAGUUUCCUCCCUUGCCCAGCACACGUCUAGAAGAUAAUUCCCUGCUUUCUGAGAAAGGUGGCUGUUUUUUGUGUUUUCCAAAGAGCCCAUCCAAAGUCCUCUUGGCCAGUUAGGGAUUGUUCGUCAAAAUUUUUACCUGAGGUCCGACCUCGAACGUAGCCGUCCCCUAUAGAAUGGUAAGCCGGUCUCAGUCCAUUUCCUUUUGAUCUUAUCCUAGGCGGAAUUUUUUGUCGGCUUCACUGUGUUUGUCUUUGUCAGGGUACAUUUGGAUGGCAGCCAAUGACUGAAGCGUCUUGAUACAUCCUUAUUUUAGCAAGAAUAUCUCGCUUUCUUGUUCCGUCUAUGACGGAUUGGGUAUAGUUCUCGCGAUGACCCACGUUCAGAAAUCUGUGCACGUUGCUGAUAAGCACCCGCUUCUACGACUAGUUUGCUGAAGGUUUCUAAUGCGAUGAGCCUAGUGAGACCCUGAGGUGCUUCAAACUAUGCCAGUUGGUCUGCGCUAUAAACUUGUCGCAGUUCUUAAGUCAGAGGGAGGAUCGCCCACCUCUAUCUAUGUGAGCGCCUCUACAGUACCUGCGUAUCCCUAGCAAUCAUAUGAUAUAAAGUUCAUCUCAGUCACAAAUCACCAGUUAGGAAAACUGAUGUUCAGAUAAGCGCACUUCUUGCCCUUCUUCCUUAUUCUUUGUCGACUCUAAGAUAGCAGCUACAGUACGCGUUCUGUUUUCACCAGCUUUGAUUUCUUCUGCCAUCUGCAGAUUCAUCUCUCUCUCACUUUAUGUCUCCGAUUUUUAUGAGGAGGAUACUGGCAUUAACGAACCCGAAGGUCUGAAUCUCACACCAAGUUGUGCACGAUAUUUGAGCUACAUCGUGAAAUCGCGGCCUUCGUAAUCUCCAAAUAAGCCAAUACGCGCUAGAAUAAGCUCCAUCUCGGACUAAAUGCAUCUUUGGGAUACAUCGAUGUCUCUCAAAUGUUUUUUUUUUUUAAGCUGUAUACUCACGAAUUUAGAGGUAUGAGCUCUUGCCGUCGCUGGCCAGCGGGAGAAAAGUAACAUUUGGUUCUACGGUUAGUUGCAAAUGAACAAGACAACUGCACCAUCUUGACUUUAUCAAUUCGAGUGUUAGAUUGAAUUGAGGGCUUUUUAGACACUCGAUUUCUUAUAUGGCAUCACUAUGAAGACGUAAUACAACUGAUACACCUACACUACAUAGGAUUAACAAUGUCUGUUGCGCUGUUGCGAGAAGGAGGAAAAUAUUACCGGAAGUGUACGCUCUUUUUAAAAAGAGUUUCAGAGACGUUUCAGAGAUGUCUAUCUUUGAUCGGCUGUCACAAAAAAAUGACCCCCACUUAAAUUUACUAGGAAAAAUGAACCGAUACGCCGGUUGUUUCAAUUUUUCUUUUUCCUCGGGCUGCUAUGAAACAGUUCAUAAGUGACUAAUGAAUAAAGUGUUUUGAAAUACCGUUCGGGAUUUGCCUUUUUUUUCUGCGUGCAAAUCAAGGGUAGACAAAGUUUUUAAAACAUUUGACUAGAAUUUCAUGGAGUUCACCUCGAUAAUUUUCGUCGGCAAGAGUCAAGACGCGCCAAGCUAAGCGACAUCGCCCUCCAGUAAAAAAAUUUUCCAAAGAAUAAACGUGGCGAGCGUGAGGAAACGCACAUUUUUUUCAUCAUUGUGAUCAAAGCCCAAUGAUGUACCUAAAUUGGUACUUACGGUGUCAAACCAUUGAUUAUGACAGGGUGAGCUUAGUUUUUCUGUCGAGGUCGACAUGACUUCACAUUAAAAGCAUUUUUUGACGGAACAAACUAGUGAGCAUCACUGCACGAACUGAGAAAGUAAAAACUUGUAUUUAUCUCCCACGCGUUUCGUCUGACAAUAGUAGACUUCAUCAAGGAUUUUUUCAAGCAGGGUAAAUAAGCUUGCUCAUAAACAACUAGUAAAUAAGUUAUCUCUUUACUAUUGAAGUCAGUGGAUAGAAUACGCCAGGUGCGCCUACGGUGUUAUACAUGCGUGACAUUUUCCGGACGUUACAUGUACGAGUACGUGAUCCGUUUAAGGGUCACAGAUUUAGUGUAAAUAUUUCACUCCUCAACAUCACCCAAUGUCUCUAGUUUACAGAGGUCUUAGAACGUGUCAUUAUAUGGAGUUGCCUUCUGCGGGUAGAAGGCUACAAGCGAAUUUCUCAGGCGUAAUUGCCUUUGAUUUCUCAAUUGAUGUUGAGAGUCACGAGACAAAAAAACUUAUCAGGACCUAGUUUCAUGUUCUAAUGGAAAUAAAUAGCAAAUAAAAACACAUUUUAUUGAGAAAUAAAGUCACAAAUGACGGGGGUUCUCCGAAACAAACAAUGAUAGAAAAAGAUUUCAGUUCUGGUCAAUAUUGACUUUUCAUGGCCUACUUCCAAAUCUGAGGGAACGUGCUGAGGGAAUAAAAAAAACAUAAAUGUGUGAUAAUGCAAGUAAGAGAAUGAAAAUACAAAUAAAGAAAAGGGAGAAAACAUAGGAAACCGUGUUGCAGCGUGCAGAUAUCUUUUGAACCAGACCUACACACAUAAGCCCGACACCGGCCAGAGAAACUCGAAAGAGUCCUGUAUAUGAACUAGCUCGCACUUGCACGCAGGAAAGGCCAUGACAAUCAGCGAAAAUAAUAGCAAAUGCAAAUGAUAUUUGCAGUCAAAAAACAACAAAAUAAGAUAACAGAAGGAUUAGGAACUUUUUAGAAGUGUCUUCUUGAAAAAAAAAAAAAAAUUUUUUACUUCUCAUAAAAGGUCACGCAGUGACCCUACAAAUACUGUUCCUAUACGUGGAAUUUCUUGAUGGUGGAAAGUGGAAAACAUUUUCCACUCUUAUUUUCUGAAACACGGCGUAGUUAAUGAAUUUAUGGGGCUAUUGAUAUUUAACAAAUAGAGAAGCCUUGACUGUGCUCUGUUCUGUUAUAAAGCACGUAGGAAGCGGUGUUUCUUCCCACUUCUUGAGUGCUCUAGCCGCUUCCUAAGUGCUUUAUAACAGAACAGAGCACAUUCAAGGCUUCUCUAUUUGUUUUAUAAUAAAGAAUCCGUUAAAUUACCCAAGCAUUACUUUCAAUUUCCAAAACAAACUUUAUUUCCAAAGCGAACAACAAUGUCGUCAGCAUGCUCUAUACUCUCAUAAAGCACGCUACAAUAAGCCAAUCAGAAUCCCUGUUAGAAUGGUUCAAAUAAUCUGAUUGGAUGUACAAGACUAAAGCUGUCAAAAGUGUCAAACCAUCAAAGUUAAAAAACCAUCAAAGUUCACAUUCUACGGUAGUUUACAAACUAAAAUAGUUCGGCAAGUCGAACUUAACUAUUUUGCCUGAAGUUUUUUAGUCUCUAAUACAGAAUCUUGGAGUGAAAUGUUCAGUGAACUUCAGCCGAAUUAUGGCUCAUAAAAACACUGUACAAGAGCCCUUUGUCCUGAUUUUAGCAAAUCUUCAAAGUAAUAAACGACUGAAAAAAGAAACGCUACGAUUUUCCCAUUGAUCUUCCGUCAACAUGCAUCUCUCUAAACGUGAUAUUUGCCAUUCCUACAAAUUAUCUCGAAAGUUUUUCACAUUUUUCACCUUUCUUGAGCAAUCAUCUUGUAUAAAGAGCUAAAAAAUGUAGGUUUAUUUUGUCAAGUGACCGCCUAGUGCAAGAACUGCGUGACAGGUGUAGUUGAGAGAAACUUGUCACAGUCGCAGAUUUUAAAAAGUAUCCAAGGCAAAAAUACGAUAGUGCCCAAAGAUUUUUUUGAUGAUUUUCAGAGAUGAAAUGAUGGGUUAUAAAGGGUAAUUAAGAUGAGUGUUGUAGCAUUCUGGCAACGGGUGAUAUUUGACCUCAAAGUUGUCAAACAUUUAGAGGAAUCAAAAAGUCUAGAAACACCAUCGUAUAUUUGCCUCUGUUGAUUGACAAGCCGUCGAUCAAACUGACUGAUACUCGCGGCAACCAUUAAUUAAGGAUGUUAAAAUAUGUGUGCAAAUCUUCAAAGUAAUCGGUUAAAUACCAUCGCAGUGACAGCUUCAUACAUUUUACCUAUUUGAAGCGAUUUGCUUGGUGAAAACCAAGAAAGAGCGGGGGGUGGUCUAUCUCCCCCUGGAAAGAACCAAAACAGAAAUCAGGCUGUUUUUUGGAGUUUUGGGGUAGACCCUUUAAACUGACAAAGUUUCAUUGAAAUCGGUGAAAUGGCAUGUAGCACGACUGCCCGGUGCUCUCGUGGACACGUUCUGAAGUCACUAUCUAGCUGUUUUAAAAAGAAGGAUCAGGACUUACCUAACUUUUAGUGUUUUUGUGGGAGUUGUUGAUCCUAAUUCAAGCGUUCUUAGAAGUUUCAGUUGUCUUUAAGGCUAAAUAAAUCUAACUGAAACCUAAUAGGGCCUGUUUAUUCUUUUCCGUUUAGUUUUUUUGUAUUGUUUUGUUUUGUCUUUUUUUUUCUUCUGGUCUGUAAUGAUUUCAAUGGUUUCAGGUUCUUUUCUCAGAAUUGAGCUAUAUAUAUAUAAUGCUUCUUUGUGUUGCCUACAGGAGCCACUGCUUGUGUUGAAUUGAAGAGAUUUGAAGAAGCAAUCACUUGGUGUGAUAAGGGACUAGCUGUAUCCUUUGAAGGAAUCUUUCAUUUUUAA